UGACGACGCCGCCGCCGCGCGAGGACAUCAGAGACCAGAGUUUAUCUUUUCCCUUCGUGCAAGCAACACACGAGAAACUUAAAACCAACAAAAAUGAGUACCAAGGAAAACAACGAGGUCGUCGUCGAGAAGGUGAAUACGGACGCGAAGGUGAAUGCAGAUGCAAAGUGUGAAAUCAAAGGCAUCAAAAGGUCGGCUGAGGAGAAGAAUGAAGAGCCUAAAAAACAAAAGAAGGAGGAAAAUGGCGACGGUGAAGUAGAAGAUGAGGAAGGUGACGAGGAAGUCGAUGGAGAGGAGGAAGAAGUUGACGGUGAAGGUGAAGACGAUGAGGAGGACGAAGAGGUCGAAGGUGAAGAGGAUGUCGACGAAGGAGAUGAAGACGAAGAGGACGACGCGGAGGCAGAUGGAGAAGGUAUAGACGAAGACGAAGAUGACGCAUAAUGAAAGAAGGGGGUGAUCAACAUGUAAGUAAGAAGGGAGGAAGGCAGAAUUGAUCGUCAACAGAAUUUUCAGCAAACACUUGCUCUCAUAUUGAGUGGUUUAGUAGUCAAAUGUUGACGAUUAUUCAAAGCCCAUUUUGAAGACUUGUCAUCUCCUCCCAAAAUCGGCAACUUAAAAGUUGUUUACACACAAACACACGUCGUCAUCUUGCCAGAAUUGCAUUGAACCGACGUCUCUUUUGUUUGUGCAAAAUUACAAACUUCAAAUCCUUGGUUUCUUGCAAUUCUGGCCUAAAAUUACCUAGCCUUCACCAAAUACUAUUAGGUUGUUUUAUGGAAAAACUAUAAAUUCGUUUUGAAAAAAGAAAGAUGGAAAGGAAACAAGUCAAAGUGAAACAAAAAAAGGAAAGAGAGAGAGAGAAAGCGGCGAAUCUAUUGUUCUGUCCAAACUACCUAUUAAAUUGGUAUUUGCCGUCAUCUGGCUUUCUUCGCGGGACAGUUUUAUAUUGAAAAACUUAUUUAAGAUGAAAAAGCUCUAUUGUAUUUAAAUAGUGUAAAAUGAACAUUCGUGGGUGAUGAUGAUUUUUUUUUUACAUUUAAAAUCAAAUUUACGUUUGUAGUUCGGUGAAUGUCUCUCACCUAAGCGUGUGACUGAGUUUUCUUUUUUCCGACCAAAAUGUGUAAUGUGUCACAAACAAAUUCGGAAGCGAUCUUUAUCGAAAAUUUAACUUAAAAUGAAAAAAAAAAAUAUAUAUUUACCUUAAUUUUCGCAAUCCAAAAGCGAUAACAAAAAGGUAUGAAAAUUGAAAAUCGCGCCAAAUUUGUAUGAAUGUUGUGUGACUUUAAACAUUGCAUAAUUAUACAUAGCAUGUAUAAAGUUAUGAACUAAGGAACAUUUUAUUAUUAACGAUACUAUGUAACGUAAUAUAAUGUGGAAACGGUUGUUAACUCUACUACAGUUGGGCAUAAAAAAUACUUUAGGGAGAGAAAAUGCAUUCUUAAGUUCUGCCAGAAAGUAUUUUUUUUUCUGCAUUUUCCUUAGUUCUACAAAAAAAAAUUGUACAUUUUUCUAAUCGUCGAAAUUCAGGCGAAGAUCAAAUUUUAGUGUAAAAUCUCCCUAUUAUACACUUAAUCGACAAAUGAUUUCUUUUUUUGAGACUUUCUCCUCGACUUCUCGGUGAAGAUACUUUUUUUUAAAAUUUUUUCAUCACAAAAUAAAAUUGUAACAGUUGAACUUGUUUUUUUUUUAAAUACUAGAAAAAAUGCACUAGUUACCGGAAAAUGUACUUUGCGUACUGAGAAGUUGUGGGAGACUUGUGGGCAAAACAAAAAAAAAAUAAAUAAAUAACAAAUGGGUGAUGAGACAUUGCGGUUACGAUACCAUUGUACCAUAGCUGCGUUAUAAUGAAUUAAAAAUAACGAUUUUUUCGAGAAUGAACGAGACGAUGUCCCACGUUUUAAUGUACAAAUAUUUUCGAAGGAGAUAGUUAAAUAAAAAAAAAAAAAAAAAAAUUAAAAAAAAGAAUAAAAACUCAGAUGGAUCGGAGAUAAUGAUUCAUUUCUCGUGAACAAAUGAUGGGUUUUUUCAAAUGUUCUAUUUAUAGAAUUUUUUUUAAUUCUUUUUUUAAUAAAAAUUCAUAACACAAACUAUUUUGCAUUAUGCAAAAAGAAUACACAGUAAAAUAUAUCUAAUUUGUAAAUCAGAAAUGGAUAAUUCUUGACUGAAAAACUGCUUUUCAAACUUUAAGAAAAUUAAAUUUUUCCUAAAGUUCACAAUUAACUGGAAAGAAGCAAAAUUAAUCGCGCAUGCAUAAUACAUUGCUAUUAAUAACCAUGUAUUUUGUAUGCGCGAUAAAUCUUUUUUAAUUUAUAUAUAUAUACAUAUAUUUUUAUUGUCUGACAAUAAAUUGAUGUUCAAUUUAUUUACAUACUUUUGAAAUUAAGCCAAGAUUUUAGCGGAUUUUGUUUUUAAUAAUAUACAUGUAAUUUUCAAAGUUUAAAGAAAAUUGAGUUUGAAAAGCUGUUUUUGAAAAAAAAAUUUGAAUUUGAAAUUUUCUUGAUAGCUACAUUUUGUGCGCGUCAACUUAAAGAUAGUUAUGACAAAUAUUAACGAGAAAAUUACUAUCUUAAAGUAUACUUUAGACAUAAUAUAUAUAAUAUGCGUUUCUUUUUAUUAUUAAUAUUAUAUUACAAUGACAGAGAGAGAGAAGACCCCAUUUGUAUGACUCUUCGUUUUUGAUUAUUUCUUUUAUAUUGGAAAUGGACAUCAAAAGUGAGGCAUAUUCAACCAGAUACUCGUUUAUUUUAUUGUCAAAAGUUGAGAGAAAAAAAAAAUUAGAAAAACUACAUUAUUUAUUGUACGACUUAUCGUUGAACGUCAAAAAGAAAAGAAUUCUUAGAAUAAGAGUUUAAUUUGUGUAUUUAAUGAGGUCUUAUUGAAACAUUAUUUGUAAUAUAUAAUUAUUGUACCCUUUUUCGACGAGAAAACAAUGUAAUCGAUCCAUUCAUUCUGCCCAUUCCAUCGAAUCUGAAUCUUUCAUUGUAUUUUUAAGUAAAUACAUUUUGAAAAACAA